AGAUUCAUGAUGAGUAACAACAAAUGUUUGAAACCUCCAAUGAUGAUGAAACUGAAACGGAAGAAAUUUGGUGCUUCCCAGCGAACACAAUGUGACCCGUAUGUAAAGGAAAAGAAAGAAAAGAAGACUGUCAAGAAAAACUACUGUCACGGUGAUGAGAUUUGCAAACGACAACUCAUGAACCCGUUUCAAAGUGUGAGAAAAACACAGAACUUACUAGACAUUAAAGAUAACACCGGUUCUACACAGCCGGAUAACAUUUUCAAUAUGGUUCUUAACAAAACGCCAUCUUCACAGGGUUCAAGUGAAUCAAGCUAUAUUUUGCCAGAACUCACUUCAAAUUCACAGCCAGAGAUUGGAUUAUUGCCCAGCAAGAGUACCUUUUCAGUUCCACCUAGAGAUUGGUCGGUAAAGCUGGAGUACAAGUUACAGAGUAGCAAACCCUUUAAGUGGUGUUCUCUCGCACUUCUCAAGCCUAGUGAGGAGGCUUGCUGUACUAAACUUCUGGCUGCUCACCAGUCCCCCGAGGGUUGCUCUGACAGAGAGAGAUUGAGAUAUUAUCUGUCUUAUUGGGUCCACCCAAACAUACCCUGGCUAAAACUCUUUCCUAGGGACAGACCCUCCGUCAGCAAAUCCGAAAAUACAGUGUUCAAACAAGAAGCUUUAACAGGAUUGCUCAAUGAUUGGUGUGCUUCGUUUGAGAGUUUAUUUGGGCUCCUGAAAGCAGGGCACUGUCCCUAUUUCUACGUGUGUAGUCACCAGACUACUGUGCUAUUCCGGAGCAGGGCGGAGGGGCUGUGUGCUGAUUUGGUUCCCACUACAUACGGUGUACGAAACUCUCUGAAACAAGAAGAUAUUGAGUUUACGAUGCCUCUCGCCCAGGAGGUUCUUAACGCCCAAACGUUGGAGCAGGAAAAUCUAGAUACCAAUGGAGAGACUGGCGACGCUAGAGACUUCCUCGAUAGUUUGGGUAUAGACAGUAAGAGAUAUAGUGAACUGGAUCCUUCUACUGUAAAGAUGCGAGCAGCUGGCCGAUUAAAGCUAGAUCACAGUAUAAGAUCGCUGGUACGAGUACAAGGAAGUCAGGUACAGGGUGUGUUCAACUUCCUGCUCAACAACAAGAGUCUGAUCCCAACUGUAGGGGAAUUAGCGGGGGUGCCCCCCACUCUUCUCUCUCCCUCUGUAUUUGUGGGAGGAACUAUCAAACACAAUCAGGUUAAGUGCGGUAGUUCGCAUGCCCGACAAGACGAUGGUACAAUGGAUGUGGUUAAUUACCUGCACUUAACGGGACCUAUACUCCCUUCCAACGUGGAGGGUAUCAACAAGCUCCUCCGAACUACUCAGAAAGAUUUCUCUGGAAAGUUUGAAUCACUGCUUAACUCUACCGCCUACAACUCGUCUGACCCUGAGCAGCCACCAACAGUUAGUUGUAACCUUGACAGCCUGAGUAGUAACCCUGACAGCCUGAGUAGUAACCUUGACAGUCUGAGUAGUAACCCUGACAACCUUACAUCUUCAAACAUCGCGGAACUUCUGGUCCCAUUUGAUAUAGGACAUUCUGGUGUUGUAAAUGAUUGCUCGGGACUCAAGAGGGACUCAAAAUCUGCAGAAGAAACGGCCACUAUACAAGAAAUAAAUUUGAAAGAUGGUGUGUUUUCGAUAAAAUGAGACAUUAUGAUGAUAUUAAAUCAUUUAUUUUUUCUGUGUCUGUAAUAUUUGUAAUUUUUGGGAUAUUUUCUGGGUCAAUUUUAUGUAAAUAAGUUUCAAUCAUUUUCGUCUGCAAAUACUUUGGCAUUAUCAACUUCCGAUGGAUAAUUUCUGAUUAUAAAUAUAAGACCAGUAAUAAUUUGUUAUUUAUAACUACGAUACUGCGUUCAUUACUCAAUGUGUUUAUUUCGCCAAGUUAAGUAACUCCUAUUGAUAGGUCAUUAUCCAACUAAAAGAAAACUAUAGGCCAAUUAUUUACCAUUGUUUACUUGCUCAGCUGUUAUUUCAUUUUCCACGCCCAAAUGUG